UUAAACUACAUAGCAAGUAGCUAAUAAGCCUGUUCCCAUUUACAGUUGUGUCUGAGGUGGGUAGAGAGAGCUACUUGAAUUCAUCAAUGGCUUUCUUCAUAGCUCUUCUUAUGGUGGCCUUUGGGGUGUGUAUCCUCAGUGGGGUGUUACUGAGGUGGAAUGAAAUGAGAUACAGGAAGAAAGGCCUCCCUCCUGGUACUAUGGGUUGGCCUCUCUUUGGGGAGACCACUGAGUUUCUUAAACAAGGUCCUAGUUUCAUGAAGAACCAAAGAGCAAGGUAUGGGAGUUUUUUCAAAUCACACAUACUUGGGUGUCCUACCAUUGUUUCAAUGGAUGCAGAGGUGAACAGAUACAUACUUGCCAAUGAGUCAAAAGGGCUUGUCCCAGGGUACCCCCAGUCCAUGCUUGAUAUUCUUGGAAAGUGCAAUAUUGCAGCAGUCCAUGGCUCAGCUCACAAGUACAUGAGAGGGGCAUUGCUGUCUCUCAUCAGCCCUACCAUGAUUAAACACCACCUCUUGCCCAAGAUUGAUGAGUUCAUGAAUUCCCACGUCACCACCUGGGAUCACAACAUCAUUGACAUUCAACAAAAAACCAACAAGAUGGCUUUUCUUUCCUCUUUGAAGCAAAUUGCUGGCGUUGAAUCUAGCUCAAUAGCUCAGGAAUUCAUGCCGGAAUUCUUUAACCUCGUACUGGGCACUCUCUCCCUGCCUAUAAACCUUCCCAACACAAAUUACCGCCGUGGCCUUCAGGCAAGGGUGAAAAUAGUCUCUCUGUUGAGAAAACUCAUAGAAGCAAGAAGGGCUUCCCAGGAAAAACACCAUGACAUUCUUGGGUUCUUGAUGAAUGAAGAAGAGAAUCGAUACAAACUAAACGAUGACGAGAUGAUUGAUCUGAUCAUCACGAUUUUAUAUUCGGGGUAUGAAACUGUUUCCACCACUUCUAUGAUGGCUGUCAAGUAUCUACAUGAUCACCCAAAAGUGAUUGAAGAACUGAGAAAAGAGCAUAUGGGAAUUAGAGAAAGGAAAGGACCAAAUGAUCCUAUUGACUACAGUGACUACAAAUCAAUGAGAUUCACACGUGCUGUGAUCUUUGAGACUUCAAGGCUAGCAACAAUAGUAAAUGGGGUCCUCAGGAAAACUACUAGAGAUAUUGAACUCAAUGGUUUCUUGAUUCCCAAAGGAUGGAGAAUAUAUGUGUAUACAAGAGAGGUUAAUUAUGAUCCGCGCCUAUAUCCCGAUCCAUAUGCUUUCAACCCCUGGAGAUGGCUGAACAUGGAGAAUCAGAACCAUUCAAUGAUAUUUGGUGGUGGCAGCAGGCAGUGCCCUGGAAAGGAACUUGGGAUGGCAGAAAUCUCAACAUUCCUCCAUUACUUUGUAACCAGAUACAGAUGGGAGGAAGUAGGGGGAGACAGGUUGAUGAAAUUUCCAAGAGUUGAAGCGCCAAAUGGGCUACACUUCAGGGUUUCACCCUACCAACCAUCACUGAAUUGAUGUACAGAAAAGGACAUACCACAAAGAAACUAUAUACACAAUCAUGUCAAUGUUAACAGGGAUGUAAUAAUUAAUAUAAUAUAUAGAGUUGUGGCUAACAUGCAUAGAGAAAUGUAACAAACCCAAUUUUUGCAGGAAAUUCGUUUCCAACUGAAUGUCCGGUUGUAGCCUUAGGCAUUAUUGUAUUGAAAUAAUGGUGCAAUGUUACAAUAAAGGUCUCUUUAAAAUGA